UCCAACAAAACCCAAAAAAAUUAGGGUUUGAGCUACAGCUCCUUCAGAUCAUCUUCUUCAUCUUCUUCCUUUCUGCGUUCUCUCAAUCCCCAUUCUUCACCAUGAGCAGGUCAGGCCAGCCUCCGGAUUUGAAGAAAUACAUGGACAAACAGCUUCAAAUCAAGCUGAAUGCGAAUCGUAUGAUUGUUGGUACUCUCCGUGGCUUUGACCAAUUUAUGAAUUUGGUUGUUGACAAUACUGUGGAGGUCAAUGGCAAUGAGAAGAAUGAUAUAGGGAUGGUGGUAAUCCGUGGAAAUAGUGUGGUAACUGUAGAGGCACUUGAACCAGUGAACAGGAGCAUUUGAUUCUGUUUCUUGUAAACAUUUAUAACUAAAUUGUAAGGUUUCAAGUUUCAACACAAACCGUGAUAUUGCUGGGAGUGAAAUGUAAUUGGGGAUCUAAUACAGUCAUGCUAGCGGCUAACUGUGGUUAUGUUUCUAGUUGAAUAUCAGCCCGGGAUACCUUCAGUGGUUCAGUGGAUGGAUGGUAUUGGUUUUAACUAAAAUGAUGUUUACGUCUUUUUAGUUGAAUUCAUAUAUUUCUGAUGCAUAUAACAUAAGCAAUUCUCUCUUUCUUUCUUCGCAUUUGAGUCUAAAAUUACAGCUUACACUUAAUGUUUUGUUUUAAGUAAAUCAUAUAUGUUGUUGACUAA